AUGAGGUUUGGAAUUAAGGCCCUCAAGCGUAAUUCCUUGAGUGCUUGCCAUUUUGCUCACGGGAUAGAGGCUGAAAGAGAGGCUAUCUGUAGUUCAAACCAAGCACUCAAAGAUUUUCGACAAGUUUGGGGGCAGUUGCUGUUGGUGACUGGUGAUCAGGGUGUGAGACAUAGCACAGUUGAUGGCGUAAAAGUCUCCUCAGGGGAAAGCUGUGAGGAAUGCUUUGACAUCAUUAACAAGAGUAGCAAAGUUAGUGCAGUUGGUAUAAAUUGCGCACCGCCAAAUUCUGUUCUAAGCCUUAUAAAGAGAUUCAAAGAGCGUACUGCUAAGGUAAUAGUUGUCUAUCCCAACAGCGGUGAGACACGGGAUGGCACUGCUAAAACAUGGCAGCCAUCAAAAUGUGUUCAUGAUGAGUUUGAGCUGUUGGCGACGACAUGGAGAAAUGCUGGAGCUAAGCUCAUAGGUGGCUGCUGUCGGACUACGCCUUCUACAAUUCGUUCAAUUUCUAGAGUUCUCAAGGACAACUGA